AAAAACAUACACAGCACACAUACUGGGGACCUCACAGCUUCUAAACCAUUCUAGUACCAAAAAACAAACUGUUGUUUCACCUUUCAUCUGAGUCCUAUCAUUGAGAGACCCCUAAAAACUUCUUACAAAAUUUCAGUGAACUUACUGUUCUUCUCUGAAGAGAAGAUGGGAACAACCUCAAUCACAAGCUGUUGCCCAUGGGCAAAUCUUCAGCAGAUGAGUCCUUGUCAUCACCAUAUGGUCAUGGUGGCUCAUAACUCUCUGUCUGGAAGAUGUUCCAGAACAAAGGCUUUUGUGGUGAGAGAAAACCGGUGUGUUGAUGAAGAAGGUGGGGAUUUUUCUGGGUUUUUGAAGAGAAGGCAAGCCCUGGUGUCUGGGGCUGGUUUAAUUUCUUCUGCUGUUUUGGGUUUUCCGAGCCAGGGAUUGGCAGUUGUCAAACAAGGCCUUUUGGCGGGAAGGAUACCUGGUCUCUCUGAACCGGACGAACAAGGUUGGAGGACAUAUCGCAGACCAGAUGAGAAGUCUGGAGGACAUGGUGUUGGAUGGAGUCCUAUCAUCCCUUAUGCCUUCUCAGUGCCUCAAGAUUGGGCAGAGGUUCCAGUCUCAAUUGCAGAUCUAGGUGGUACAGAGAUUGAUUUGAGAUUUGCUAGUUCUAAGGAAGGACGUCUAUUUGUUAUCGUCGCUCCUGUUCUCAGAUUUGCAGAUAAUCUAGGGGAUAAUGUUACAAUUGAACGAAUUGGACCUCCAGAGAAAGUGAUCAGUGCAUUUGGACCAGAAGUCAUAGGAGAGAAUGUCGAAGGGAAGGUACUAAGUAUGGAAGUUGCAGAACAUUCUGGAAGAAAAUAUUACCAGUUCGAAUUGGAACCCCCUCAUGCUCUGAUCACAGCAACUGCUGCAGGAAAUCGCCUCUACUUGUUCAAUGUGACUGGAAGUGGUCUUCAAUGGAAGAGGCACUACAAGGAUUUGAAAAAGAUAGCAGACUCUUUCCGCAUUGUUUGAUUGGGAGAUGGGUCUCCGAAUUGAGAUUGUAUAAUACCUACAGUAGAAUAUGCAUUAAAAAAAAAAAAAAAAAGGAAGAAGAAGAAGAAGAAGAAGAAGCGGCAGUUGUAUGAAUACAUAUUUGGCUUCAUUUUAAAAUUUGAGAUUUUGAUUAAAA